GGAUCACCAGCCAACUUGCUUCCUUCAACUCGAACCUCUGCAAUUUUUAUCUUCUUUUAUAAGUUUUGGGCUCUGUGUUUGUUUUCAAUCUCUCUCCGGACGCCAUUGAAGUUGUUGCUCAGUAAAGUACAACUUACAAGCUACACUGCCACACUUCCAAGAGUACACCAUGCAGCUGCACACGUGACUGUGUUAAUAUGUCAUGAAAUAGAUCUCUCUCUCUCUCUCUCUCUCCCCCCUACCAGUCAGUGAAGUGAAAAAGAAAAAUCACAACUUUUUCCCCUAAACCCCAAAACUCACAACCAGCAGCCAUGGCCACACUGACUUACCCCACCACCACCACCACUAUCAGAGCCACCAAACCCACAUUAUCUCUCAGAAAACCCACCAAACUCAUCUCCUUCCCUCUCUCCCCACUCAAAACGCUAAAUCUCACUGCCACCUCCGCCUCACCCAUCAAAUCAACCUCCUCCUCCGACCACACCUCCACCGCCACAACCACCACCACCACCACCUCCAUCUCCCCCUCCCCCCAAAACCUCAAGUCCCGCCUCCAAAACGGCGAGACUCUCUACGGCCUCUUCCUCCUCUCCUUCUCCCCAACUCUCGCCGAGAUCGCCGGCCUCUCCGGCUAUGACUUUGUCGUCGUCGACAUGGAGCACGGCCAUGGCGGCAUCUCCCAAGCCCUCCCCUGCCUCCACGCCUUGGCCGCCGCUCAAACCCCGGCCAUUCUUCGCUUGCCCGAGGCCUCCGCAGCUUGGGCCAAGAAAGCCCUAGAUCUGGGCCCCCAAGGCAUCAUGUUCCCCAUGAUCGAAUCUUCCAAGGACGCCAAGAAGGCCGUCUCCUACUGUCGCUUCCCGCCCGCCGGCGUCCGCGGGUCGGCCCACACCGUCGUUCGGGCCUCCAGCUACGGCAUCGACGAAGGGUAUUUGAGCAAUUACGAGGAUCAGCUGCUGAUCAUGUGCCAGGUGGAGAGCGAGGAAGGCGUGAAGAACGCAGAGCACAUCGCGGCCGUCGAUGGGGUUGACUGCAUUCAGAUGGGGCCGUUGGAUCUGAGCGCCAGCCUAGGGUACUUGUGGGACCCCGCAAACAAGAAGGUUAGGAAAAUGAUGGAGGCCGCCGAGAAGGCCGUGCUGGGGUCCGACCCAAAACAGGGUGGGGCCUACUUGGCUGGCUUCGCUAUGCCCCACGACGGGCCUCGCGAUCUCUGGACACGUGGAUACCACAUGGUGUCGGGAGCCGUUGAUGUUGGGCUGUUUAGGAGCGCUGCGGUGGAGGACGUGAAGAGGUUUAAGAUGAACUUGAUCGACGGCUCUGAUGAUCAGCAGGAGCAUGAGAAAGAUGCUGAUGAGAAGUACUGGAGCGAAUGAUGAAAACUCUUGUUUUUUUUUUCUUUUUCUUGGCGAGGAAAAAUAUUGAAGAAAACUUUAGAACUUAGAAUCUUGGACUUGUGAAUUUGAGUGGGCUUUUUUAUUUUUCUAGUGGAGUUUGGGCCCAUGGGGACUGUUUU